GAACCGUCCUGAUAACCACUGCCACGUGGCUGUGUGAAGGCUUGCACUGCACUCAGAUGACAACGCAGAGAAGGGAUGAGCUCUACAAACUUCAAGCCCUGAAAAGCAUUCGCUUGGUGAAGAAGUAUAAGGACAAAUCAGGCCAACAACGUGUUGCUGGAACUCGACAGCUGAAAUAUUCGCAAGUAUAUCCUUGGGGCUUUGCUUUUACUGUAGCUGGGCUCCACAACAAGUUCUUGCACCAGCAGCAGCUGAUGUAUCCUUCAAAGGUGAUGGACGACCGGAAUCUCAAGUUUAUGGAUGUCGACCCAAACUCUUCUGACUCAGACCUUGAGGAUGUGGUAGCCCACAGCUCAAUUUAAAACCAGAAGGAGGGGCAUGACCC